AUGAAGAGCAUUCCCCUUCUCCUCCUUUUGCUGCAAGUAGUAUUUGGGAGAAGAACCCGAUUGCUGAAGGGCUUACCUGCAACAAGCACAGUCGAAGAAAACACAGCAGCUGGUGCUACAGUCUAUAACUUCAGCGUAACACUGUCUUCUGGAGGUGUUGCAGUUCUUCCUACCAUAGUAAUUUCAAAUCCACUUACAGAGGCUUUUGAUAUUGAACCAAAAGGAGGUCUCGAAUUCAGGGUUGUUACCACUGGAAAGCCUGUCCUAGAUUAUGAAACCAUGCCAAAGAGCUUUGAUUUACAGAUUUUUGUUGAAGAUACAACUGGAAGGACUGACGUUAACACAUUGACUGUUCGAGUAACAGACAAAAAUGAACAUCCUGUAUUUCGAGGAAAUAUAGCAAUUCAAACUGUAACCAUCUAUGUGCUGGAAGGAACAUCUCCACAACACAUCUACCAAGUCAAUGCAGCUGAUCCUGAAAAUGCUCAACUCAAAUAUUCACUGCUCCCUGCAGCAGUGCCAUUCUCAAUCAAGGAAAGUGGAGCCAUUUUUUCCACAAAGGAAUUUGAUUAUGAGAAAGAUCUGUGUUGUUACUUUGUAAAUAUAACAGUGACAGAUCCAGAUGGACUCAACUCGACUAAAACAGUGAAUAUAAACAUAAUUAACAUCAAUGAUGAAAGGCCUUACUUUACCACAAAACAAAGAAUCUACAGGAUUCCAGAGGAGCAAAGCCCAGGCACCAUUGUUGCCAAUCUAACAGCUAAAGAUCCUGAUGAUGAAGACUCUGCCAGCAGACUUUUCUACAGCAUCCAGUCUUCUGACAGAUAUUUCUCCAUAAAUCCCUUGACUGGGGUGCUGCAGGUGACUAGGAGAAUUGACCGAGAUGCUCUUCCACUGCGGCUCCAUCCCAACAUCUCUCUGCUAGUCCGGGUGGAGGACAGUCCCAGCGGUGGUCACACCAGUGAGAUGGAGAUCACAAUCAUUAUUGAUGAUAUCAAUGACAACCCACCAGAAUGCAAUCCUUCUGCCUUCAGGAGAGAAGCAAAUGAAAAUACCACUCCUGGGACAUUUCUUCUUGAUCUUAGAAAUUACUGUAAGGAUAUUGAUGUUGAUCCAUCAAACAACCAAUUUAAUUUCACUGGAUUAUCUGGUUUUGGAAGCAAUAACUUCGCUCUGGAGUCUGCUGUGUCUGGAAGACUUGUGAUGUCUGGAACUUUUGAUUUAGAAAACCCAACUAAUCCAGGAGUUGAAGUUUAUACUCUGACUGUCAGGGUGCAAGAUAUUGCCCGUCCUAACUACUCAGAUAUCAUCUACAUUUACAUCAGGAUAAAGCCAGUGAAUGAAUUUUUUCCAGUCUUCAGUAAUUUAUCUUACGUAUUUAAUGUUUCAGAAAUUACUAAAGUUGGAUCCAGCAUUGGAAGAGUGCAUGCCACAGACAAGGACUGGCCAACCACUGCCAUCACUUACUCCAUUGUAGCUGGAGGAGGCACCAGGGAUUACACAAAUAUCUUCUGGAUCAGCCCAAACAAAGGACAUGUGAGAGUUUUAACUGGAUUAGACUAUGAAACGACUCAGAAACACCUUUUCACAGUACAGGCCUCAGACCAACAGAAGACCACAACAGCAUCUGUAACCGUGAAUGUUUUGGACGUAAACGAUGAAGAACCAGUUUGUUCACCCAAUUUCUAUUCAUUUCAAAUCCCAGUAAGCUUAGCUGUUGGGACCAAUAUUAAUGGCUUCAGGAUUGAGUGUCAAGAUCGUGACUCUGAUCCCAGGUCUUUCCGUUACUUCAUUAAUGAAGGCAAUGAGAACAAUCAUUUCACCUUUUCACCAAGUGCUGGUUCCAACAUAUCUCGACUGAUUCUUGCAUCAAAGUUUGACUAUGAGAGUGGACUUGAUACAAGUUGGAUUUACAGUCUGCGUGUCUACAUAACAGAUGAUAAUUUGCUAUCUGCCAGGGACAAAACUACACACUUAACGAAGACUGGAACAGUGACUUUAAGCAUCAGAGUUAUCCCAAACCCAACCACUGCCAUUACCACAACGCCUGGCUUCACUCUUGUGAUGGAGAGGGAGAACCUCUACUCUGACUCGGCGUGGUACGUGCCGUUCGUCAUCACCCUUGGUGGGUUGCUGCUCCUUGGACUGCUGGGCUACCUGGGGCUCCUGCUGCUGACGUGGAUCCUCACCCACUGCCCUCCAGCCAGCAAAGCAGACAGCACACAGCUAUCUCCUGGAGUUUUACCCAAGCCAGUUGCAAAGCUCUGGCCCAUAAAGUUUCAUGGAAAGAAGAAACCUAAGAAAGAAGUGAUUGUGACAAUGACAAAGCUAAACACUGUCUUUGAUGGAGAAGCCAGAGACCCAGUUACUGGCAGAAUGUAUGAAUUCAACACACGGUCAGGGGCUCGGAGGUGGAAGAAGAGCAAUGAGCCCCUUCAGCUGACACAGGCUGCACAGGUAACAUCCAGUGCCAUAAACAAGAGUGGCCAAGGAACAGACAGAGAAGAGGCACCAAGCAAAGUAGAACCUUCAAAGAAGAGGGAAAAGCUGACUGCAGCAACAAAACCAGCUGCCAAGCCCUCAGCAGGGCAAUCAGAAACACCAGGCCAGGAUGGGCUGAGAUUACAAAAGAAGAAAGAGGAGUCUGAGGACAGGGGAUUGUCCUCACCAGCCCCCCAAGGCAGGAACUGA